AUGAAAUUACUUUUUGUAAUCACUAUUUCCGUUUGGAGUUUGGUAAAUAGUGAUAUCAUAAGUACAAAUUCUAAUGACGGGAGCGGUAACUCAAAAAGCGUUGCGAUAAAUAACAAUCAAGAGAUACUUAAUGUAGGAAACCAAGCAAACGCGAACCAGGCGAAUGUAAACGGUUUAGUAGCAAUAAAUGGCCAAUUUCAACAACAACAACAACAACAACAACAAGUGGUAGGAUUGGGUGGAUUACUUGAUCAAAUAGGAACACUUUUGAAUUCCAUAUUGAACCAAUUACUCCAGAUCAAUGUAAUCUCGAACGCGCUAAAUCAAAAUCAAUUACUCUUGCCCUUAUUAACAGAAGUAAGAGCUAUCCUACAGAAUUUAUUGAACAGUCUUUUAAAUUCUAACCAGAACCCGCUUAUAUUGCAAGUUAAUAAUUUGAUAGCUCAGGUUGGCAAUCUUCUUAAUCUGAUUAAUCAAAAAAGCUUGUUUGGGGGUUUGUUAGGGCAACUUUUGUCACCUGUUGGGAAUAUUUUUGUUGGAGGCGCUCUUCAAAUUGGUCUUGUACCUUCGCUGUUGUUACAAGUUAUGAAUAUUUUGUCUAAUUUAUUGUAA